CACUACUCCGCUGACAUCAUUAGCUUGCAGGAGGUGGAAACAGACCAGUUCUACAGCUUCUUCCUGCCGGAGUUAAAACAGGACGGGUACGACGGCAUCUUCUCGCCCAAGUCCCGCGCUAAGACCAUGUCAGAAUCGGAGAGGAAAUACGUCGACGGAUGCGCCAUCUUCUUUAGAUCCGCUAAAUUUGCUUUAGUAAAGGAGCACCUAAUAGAAUUCAAUCAGCUGGCGAUGGCGAACAGCGAGGGUUCAGACAACAUGCUGAACCGCGUUAUAAGAAAAAGAAGGUGGCGGAAAAAAGGAUAUUUCCCAUUUCUAUGUGACAGUAAGUGGGCCCACGAUAAUGUGCUUAUAUCCAGUGUAUCUGUAGGCGUGGUGGAGUUCCUGUCGUCGGGGCGCGUGUCGUCGGAGCACCGCGACUUCAAGGAGCUGGGGUACGCGGGCUCGCUGCGCCGCAUGCCCGGCUCCGAGCACGAGUUCACGCACAACUUCAAACUCGCCUCAGCCUACAGCGAGGACAUCAUGCCCUACACUAAUUACACUUUCGACUUC